AUGGCACCGAAGGGAGUGAAGGGAGUGCAGGGCAAGUUCGCCAAGGCCAAGGCCAAGGCGGCGAUGAAUAAGAAGCCUGCGGCAGCACCACCGAUUCGCCCGAGGCCUUCGGCAGCGGACGUCAGCGAGUUGGAGGGCCCCGUGCCCACCUCUGCGGACAGGCGCAGGUUCAUGCAGAUCGUGAAAGCAGGAGGUGCCCACCAGGCGAUCUUGGACGACAUCAAGAGCAUCCAGGACCUCGGAUACGGCAAGAACAAAAUGUCCAGACUGAACAAAAAGAUCAGCGCUUGGGUCGAGCAGGGCUUCGACCAUCCCACGUUCCAGGACACCAUCCAGUACAGUGAGAGCAAGAAGAGGGCGGAGCGUAACAAGGCGAUGCCCUGGAGCGUCUUGAAGGCGAAGCUGCUCCACAACUGCGAGGAGGCAGCCAUCGCGGCGCUCGAGGAGGGCGACGUGGUGGCCGUCACCAACCCAAAGGACCCUGACGGCAACGUGUCUGGCGACGUAUCGGGGUUCCUGCUCAAUAUGGAGAGCUUCUUCGAGAGCAUCGAGGACGGCUACGACCUGAGCACCACUGACCCGCACGUCUCGAAGAAGACCGCCGCCAUCACCGACUGCUUGCCUUGCGCCGACGACGACCCGAUGACCACAGCGCUCAAGAAGGUGAAGAUCGCAUCGGGCAACCUGUCGAAGCUCCGCCUCAAGGUCCUCGAGUGCACGGGCAGCACGCACGGCAGCAAGCACGACGCGUUCGUCAAUGCGCACUUGAGCGACAAGGAGUCUGUGAUUCAGGCAAUCCUGGCGAAGUACGACACCCUCCUGCGCACCAAGAGCCUUCCAGGGGCCACAUCGGCCACGACGCCUGCCCUGAUCAAGCAGGCCAUCGCGAUCGACAGCAAACUGUGCCAGCAGAUCGCGAGUGCGAUCCAGGUGGCCAAGACGAUGGAGGAGUAG